GGCCAGUUUCGCCGCCAUCUUGGAAAAUAUUUUUGAAAAAUUAUCUCGAAGGUCAAUGAACUUUGUGUGCGUGUUAUGUUAGCUAAAAAUAUGUCGUUUUGAGCGUUAUACUGGCCAACACUCUUCGCAAUCAAACAAGAGAAGUCUACACUAUCAGAUAAAAACAUAUCGAGCGACUGGGAAAGCAAGAAAUGGCGCAAUUUACAAUGCAGGUAAUUCAUCAUAAAAUAUUGCAUUAGUAUUUGCCUUGUUACACUUGAAUUUCUGCGCUUAUUUAACACGGAGUAGGAUAUAUACCAUGAGAAAUAGUGUUACAAACAAGUUACAUACUUGGCAAAACUUUUCUGCCUUUUGCUUUGGCUCAAAAUGCACUACGCGUGGUAAUACACGGUAUUGUUUAUAGUCAUGAGAUUGUGUUUACCCAGCCAAUGACGUCAGAUAAUGUAUUUUGUGGCAUAAAUUAGCAUACGCGCUUAUUUUCAAAAUGGCGGACAACUGUUCAAAUUUUCUCAAAUUCAAUCAAAUUUUCUCAGCAACUAAACGCGACAAACCGGCCAAAAUAUGAAAUUAAAUAUUCCGUAAGUAUACCUAAUAGAUACAAGUAAUAAAAAUUUUGGUUGCCAAUGUCCUUUAAUGAAAAUUUUGAACUCAACAAGUCUAGACAAAAAUUUCAUCACAGCUUCAAAGAGCAUCACAAAAUUAGUAAUAUUCCAAAGUUUCGUUGCGAAAUGUUGUAAAAUGCGGAUAAUAUAGCCUUGUGAAAUUUGCAAUUUUCAGUCAUUUUAUAUUACAAACGGGAAAUGGUUACCACUUCCGUGCGUAAUACAAAAUGACUGAAAAUUAUAAACUUCGCAAGGCUAUAUUAUCCGCAUUUUACAACAUUUUGCAACGAAACUUUGGAAUAUUACUAAUUUUGUGAUGCUCUUUCAAGCUUUGAUGGAAUUUUGUCUAUAGACUUGUUGAGAUCAAAAUUUUGGUUAAUGGACCAUUUGCAUUAUAGACUAAAAUUUGAUCUAGGCAAAAAUUUCAUCACAGCUUGAAAGAGCAUCACAAAAUUAGUAAUAUUCCAAAGUUUCGUUGCGAAAUGUUGUAAAAUGCGGAUGAUAUAGCCUUGCGAAAUUUGCAAUUUUCAGUCAUUUUGUAUUACAAACGAGAAAUUGAUGCCCCAACACCCGAUUGGGCUGUCAAUUUCCCGUGCGUAAUACAAAAUGACUUAAAAACGGCAAACUUCGCAUGGCUAUAUUAUCCCCAUUUUACAACAUUUCGCAACGAAACUUUGGAAUAUUACUAAAUUUGUGAUCCUCUUUCAAGCUGUGAUGAAAUUUUUGUCUAGAUCAAAAUUUAGUCUAUAAUGCAAAUGGUCCAUUGGGGAUUGGUCCAUUGCUUGUAUUUUCAGGUAGUUGUAUAUCUCUAUCAAUCCGCAGCUUUCUUACUCGCACUAUCCACACUGACACAGACCGUUCGCAAAAUAUAACACUUUGAGUGCACAUAAGAUAAUGCUUCAAUGUCGAAACUGGCAAUUCAUUAUAAGAGACUGGAACGUUGAUAGGAUAAUAUUGUCGGCCUUGACAAUAUCAUACCUCAGUACAUUGUUUCAUAUGCAUAAACCAAUUCGGGGUGCGUUUAUUGAGCUAUAGUUCUGUUACGGAGCUAGUUCUGUUACGUUUAUUGAGCUAGUUCUGUUACGGAGACAUUCCAAGCUCUAGAUUAACAACAUAAAGGUGUGAUGAGUCUUCCAACUAUAGUUUAACUCAAAAUAGAAUACAUAAUAGUGUUGGAACAGCUGUAGCCAGGAUUGGGUGACUGCUAGCGCUCAUGAACAACCUCGUUUGAUUCAGACUUAAGAUUUAUUAAUACACCCUUCAAGGAAGUAUAACAUUUUUGGCAAUAGAGCCUCGUUUUCGUAUAUGUGAGAAUAGUUCAAUCCAAGCGUCUCACUCACGAAAACGAGGCUCUAUAGCCAAAGUGACGUAGUUUCCGGAAGCGUGUAUUGUCUUGCAAGUUCAUGUUAGUGGGCUGAAUGAAAUAUUAUUAAGUCUAUUUUACGGUGGAGGAUUUGCUGUAUUUAGAUAUGACAAAGUGUCUCUGCCAUUUAGGGAUACAGAUGUCACAAGCGUAAAAAGUGUUUCCCUAAUCCGAAAAGGUACGUAAAAUGUUUUGAAAUACAUGGUUAUACUAAUUCAAAAAAAAACAUGAGAAAGAUUUUGUUGUCGAUGGAUUGUGGUUAAAAUGUAGUUUUAUGCUGUAUGGUGAACUAUUGGGUCGUUCCGUAACUGCUCAUAAAAGCUAUUCUCAGAGGAUUUUUUCUUGAAUGAAGCAAUCUCAGUGUUCUAAACACAGAAACAUGAAAUAAAGUUAUUGAUAAUCUCUCUUUCGCAAGUAGGAAUUGUAUAAGGCUCAAUCUUUCGACCACCGAGACCAUUGUAGCCAAGUAAAACAGUUUACUGAGGGAAGAUAGUUGAACUUGAAACAGCCAUAUGAUGGCAAGAUUAUUUUUAAUAGUAAGUCAAUAUCACCACAAAACACAUGCACAAGUCAACGUAUACUUAAUACAAAACUGACGUGCAAGAGUAAAAAUUACAUCAGACAAACUAUGAACAACACAUGAACAACAUAUGAUGUUAUUCGAAAGGCAUUUUUCAUCGGCGGUUGAUUUCUUCCCAUCUGGUUUCAUGAAAACAGACCUUAAACAGAAUGCGAUUGUGUUGCUUCUUUAAAAUAUUGUUCAAUAAAGAUAAUAGGUGAUAAUAGGAAGAUAAGAGGAUAAUAGGUGAUAAUAGGAGGAUAAUAGGUGAUACUGUUUUCUUUCAGAUGGUUGAUUUUCUUUCUUCCUGGGUUUGUUCUGGCUUCGAUUGCUGUUGGUAUUUACACAGGUCUUGAAACAACAGCUAACUACAAGUAUCUUCACAGUAUUUGGCAUAUUUCUAUUGCGUUAUGUAUACCACUAUUUCUACCUACAGUAAGCGGGAAACCAAAGUUAUAUGUGGACUACCAUCAGGUCAAUAGUGAUGAGAGCUUUCGCGACAGUGAUGAAUCAUUUUUACUGAGUGUGCGUAAUACCACUGACCACAAUGACGGACAAGUGCCUGAAUCUGAGGAGAUACCUUUCCCACAACUUAUUACCUGAACUGAUUAUGUCUUAGGUUUUACAUAAAUGUCACAAAUGUGCACUUGAGCUAUCGUGAAAAUCGAGAGAACUUGUGUGUAUUAGGGAUUGAACAUCCAUAGCAAAUUAUUUCACCGUAAAUCCUUUCUAAUACUAUAAGCUCCUCCCCUCCCCACCCCCGCUUUCCGAGCAUACCAUUAUACAUUGAGGGCCUUGUUUAUCAGCUUGCCCUGUUUUAGUGGUAACCCUCAUUAAAAAAAGUUGUUCAUUCAUUCAUACGCACAGCUUCAAAUUUGUUAUUUCUUUAUGAAAUGUAUUCAUUCGUCAGUUCCUACAUGAUGUUUAAAUAUUCUCCUUUAAAAAAAAUCGAGGCUAUGCUUGUGCAUAGUCUAUUGAAGGGAAGAUGGCUGUGAAACUCAUUAGAAUAACAAUAAAACUCAUUAUCUAUGUUAGUCAACGUUUAUUCAUAAAAUCUGGUCCUUCACCGUCACGUGUGUAUUGUAUUUUUACCCAACUAACCAAUAGCAAUGUUUUAGGAAACUCACCUAUCCCUGACUCGA